CCCCUCCCCGCCCCGGGCGCCAUCUUUCCGCGGCCGCGGGAGCGGAGUUGGCCCGGCCAUGCCGCACUUCCAGGCCUGGGAGGAGUUCACCCGCGCCGCCGAGAAGCUCUACCUCGCCGACCCCAUGAAGGUGCGGGUUGUUCUGAAAUACCGACAUUGUGAUGGGAACCUCUGCAUCAAAGUAACAGAUGACGUAGCUUGUUUGCUGUACAGAACAGACCAGGCACAAGACGUAAAGAAGAUCGAGAAAUUCCACAGUCAGCUCAUGCGGCUCAUGGUGGCCAAGGAAUCCCGCAGUGCUGCCAUGGAAACAGACUGAAUUGCUGCAAAUAAAAUGAGUGCUCCGGUCGUAUUUCACUGGAAGAAAAUAUCUCUUGGAUUUGAACGAAUGCUGGGACAGGAGAUGCUUUUAUGUACUGAAGUGGACCGAUGACGUGUCUGAAGCGUUUUCGCCCCUCAGGCUCCGCUUUGGAAAACUCGGAAAAUAAAUGCUUUCAGUUGAAAGCUUAUAUUUAUUUUUGGGUAUCAAACAAGCAGCUAUUCUUACACAUUAGGUAUGCUAAGAAGACAAGUAAAUAUUUUAAAUCUGCAGUAUGUUAGUAUGAAUUUGAUGGGCCACAAGCGUAUCUCUGUAAAGAUACUAUAAAAGUUCAUAUAGAUUUCAUUGUGUUCAUACCUUAUGCUGGUAUAUUCUUACAGUGAGACGGUUUAUUAACCUAAUACUGUAGCAUGAUGACUGGACUUAAUAAAUAUUUGCAUAAAUUAUAUUAGUUGGUGGAGUUUAGAGGGACAGAUGUUUUCUGAACUGAAGUGGUGAAAUUGCCAAUCUGUAUUACCACAGUCACUAGCAACAUUUUAGCUUUUAGUAUUGCUCUUGAUCAUAAGUUGUGCAGCAUUAUCUGUGAUGCAGUUUACAGAACUGUUACAUUGGCUAAAUAAUUAAACUUCUGUAUUUUAAAAAUUAAAGUAGAACUUCACUUGAAUAUUGCUAGAGAUGGGUGAGAAACUGAAAGGGGUUUUUUUCUGCUUAUGCAAAUACUGUUACUAAAAAAAUAGUCAGUUGCUUUUUAACAUACUUGAACUAUUUUGUACUAGCAGGGGUACCUUUUCCCAUCCUUGCUUCAGGCAGGAUUGAAGUGUAUCAGCAAGAUAAAUUCCAGAAGCUCUUGCCUAUUAUGUUAAUAGAAAGAAAUCCAACCAAAUGCUAUCCAGAUUCCUUAGUUAAGCAGCUUGUUAAUUGCAUUUUCAAAUGUUACAUGUGGCAGAUGGAUGUCAGCCAACUGAAUAAAUGGAUGAAAACCAGCUUAAUAAAUACUUAAAUACCACUGUCAAAAAUAGACCAAUGCUCCUGUGGCUUAGACUUGUUUCUCAUACUUACCUCUGGUAGGGUGAUGGAAGCCUUAAUUGUCUCUUGCAAAGGCUUUUUGCUUCACAACCCAGUAGCUAAAAUUGAUACUUGCUUUGACUACUUAAGACCAGAUGAACACUGUCAUGUAAUGAGGCCAUUGGUAUAACUAGAUGUUUUCAGAACUAAUGUUUUGGCUUAAACCAAGCCAUGAAAGUAAAGCAGAGCCAUACAUGUAGUGGCAUUUAUAUAUAACAAAACAAUCUAUUUAAGUAGCUACCUGCUGGCACUUACAUAAAAAUAAUGGAGCUACUCAGAAGUAGUGCUCCAUGUGGAGUUUCCACAUUUGCCAAAGGCUUGGAAAAAACCCCAGGCUGGAAUAUUGCAUUAGAGUACCCUUUUAGCUGAACGUAAAAUGUUGCACGUUGUUGGAAAACACUGCAGUGCUAAAUUCCCAGUGACUACUCAAGUUCUAGUCUACAGGAGUGACUGGUAUGUAUGUAACAUUUUUGUAUAGGCUUUUGAAAUGCAAAUAAAUCCAGAGAGAAGGCUGGACUGUGUUCACUGUUAAACUUUUAUUAAGAUACUAUAAUUCUGAUUUUUUUCCUUGAUGGUCCAAAUUACUUUCUUAACAUUUUCGAUAUAGUAUAUGAAGUACUUAAACCACUUUUGUCUAAAGCACUGUUCUGCAGUAUAAGUGGUUGCUACACAAAGUCACAAAAGUGGAGCUGUUAAAUUGGCAGAUGAAAAGGCUGCAGCAAUUUUAGUGUAACUUCUGGACCUGUCCUGUAAAUUGGUUUGGCAGGUUAAUGUGUGAGCUGAGAUACAGGAAGCCUUCAGUGGUAUUGCUUCUGCACAGAGGAUCAAAUAGAGACGAGACUGUGGACAGGCUUGGUGUACCAAGUGGCUGAAAGGCUUAAGCUUUAUACUUAAGCAGGUUUUAGAGAGGGGCAAUUACAAUACUAUUUAGCAAAACAGGCAAAGAAGUAUAUUUCUAGUUUUCUAAAUUGAGAAAUUAUUUCCAUAAAGCCAUAAGGAAAUAUUGAUGCUAUUUCUGUAAGAGUAUGUGUUGUUAAGCUUGUUCUUCGUAUACUGACAGAAAAAUUAGAGUGGUUCUGUGCCAUCAGAAUACACAAGAAAAUACGAUAAAGCUGCUGCUUAAAAAAAAAUAAAUGUUUUGGAAACUUCUUUAGGAACAGACAGGUGCUUCUUUACUUUGUCCUGGAAUUUUCAGCAACUUCAGUACUGUGUUCAUGGAGCAGUGGAGAAGCUCCAAACUCCAAGCUCUGUCUUUUCAUGCUUAAACUGUUGUUGAGAGUGUGCUCGUGCUUUUGUACACAGAUCGCUGUCCUAAUAAACACUCAAUGAGUUAGUCCA